GUUGCAAGAGUUGGGAAAUUGAGACUCAUUCGAGUAGUGAAAGUAGAAUAUCACAAUGCACAGAAUCCCUACAAACUGAUGGCGGUGAUACAUCUCGUGUCGAACUUUCACGUUUUUCAUAUGCACCGAUUACAAGCUGCCAACUGCCAAGUGGUAUUCAGUUUUGCAAAAUAAUUUGUAACUUUGUAAAUUACAAUUUGUAAUACCAGCAGCUAACCAGUACCUACCUAUCGAGGUUAUCAAUUGCAGUCUGCAAUUUGCAGACUUUUUUGAGCAUGGGAAUCCACGGACUCUCGACCUUUAUACAACGAUACCACGACAAGUACAAGGAAAAGAUUUACUUGCGCGAUUGUCCCGUGGUCAUUGAUGGAUGCAAUUUGAUGUUCUACCUCUACUUCGACUGGAGACAAGCUUCGCCAACAGCGUCGUCGUCCAACGCCAGCCCCACCAAGAAACGGUCAUCGUCUUCCGGUGCAAGUGGUGGAUCUCCUCUAUCGAAACCUAGUCCCCUCAAACUUCCUCACCUAUUUGGAGGAGAUUACGCUUCCUACGCCCAAAACGUUAGAACGUUCUUCCAACAUCUUAAACUCUGCGGAAUCACGCCCAUAGUCCUCUUUGACGGGGCGUAUGAUGCACUCAAAAUUAAAACGGCGUUUAAAAGGUUUGCUGAGAAUUUGAAGCAAAAUGUACGACAAUCUGGGAACAAUUUGAAAGGAGUUACUCCUGGAUGUUCAUACUCUCCUGUUUUCAUGAAGGCCCUUUUUGUGGAAAUAUUACAAGAGCAGAAAAUCCUACAUUUUCAAACUGAACAAGAAGCCGAUUGCACUAUAGCCUUCAUUGCUCGGAACCUGGGAAAUUGUCCCAUUUUGAGUUCAGAUUCCGACUUUCAUAUUUACAUUGAUGCUAAAGUACUUGCUCUGCACACAUUGAGAUUUAAGAAAGUGUUACCACCAAAGGACAAGACAAAAUUGCAAUCAUCUUCAUUAUCACCUUUAUUAAGUGAAAAGGAAAAGGUGUGGACCCUUCAUUCACAAUACGUGUGCUUAUCCAAUCUUUGUCAUAAAGAGUUCAACUUGAACGACGCUCGAUUGCUUCCCUUAGCUGCCGUGAUUUUAGGAAACGACUGGAUAACGACUGCAACAUUUUCACAUUUCCAUUCUACAACUGCCGGAGGAUCAAAGGUCAAAAGAAAUUCUAGGAUUGCCUAUUUGCUCAGGUGGCUCGGGAAACAGAAAUCGUAUAAUCGUGUUUUCUAUUCAAUGCUUGCGACGGUGCAAGAACCUAAGCGAGAACAAGUAGCUAAAUUGGUGAAUGAAAUAGUAUCAAUUUAUAAAGGGACUGGUGGUGAAAUUAGAGUUUGGAAAAUGUUGUUACAAACUGGUCAAGUUGAUAAAUUCUUAAUUCAGGAUAAUAAUGAGUUCACUCAAAGCUCGGACCUAACCAUCGGUGACAUGUUGGAAAAAUUAAGUUUGGAUGAAUCUUUGGUUGAGGACGAGCAAGAAUUAAAUGACGUUAAGGAUGACGAAGACAAGGAAGCAGUAGAAGAAGACUGCGAGUCAGAUGAUUCAGAUACAGAAGAAAUUGAAAUUGAAUCUUGUGAAAAUCAAACAAAAUUGCCCGAGUGGUACAUCGAUGCCCAUAUCAGAUGUGUAUUCCCUACAUUUCUCUUAAAAAUAGUGAAAAAUCAAACAGUGUUUCUUUCUCCUCAAGCAGAAUGCAGUACAAUGCUAAGCACUCAUACAAUGGCAAUACCUAUAAUUCAAGUUCUUUCGGGAAUCCUACUAGGUCCAAAUAAAAAUAUAACUCUCGUCUCCAGGAACAAGUCUAGGAUUACGGAUAUAAAAGUUGACUCCGUAACAGAGCUGAAGGAAUUUGGGACUUUGCCCUUACUAUCUGAAAACUGCAAAGAAUUUAAAACAGCCUUCCCCCAAGAAUCAAGAGCACAAAUAAUUUUUGAAGCUUUAGGACUCUACUCAACUGACUUUGUUCAAUUCAUUCAGCAGUGGCCAGUGUCUCUGAGAAUGUGGGUCAUUUCUCUAGUAUACUUUCUUAAAUGCGUAAACCAAGAUUCUACUAAAUUAUCCCAAGAAGACAGCAUCAACAACAAGGACAUGGAGGCCGCCAAUUCUUCAGCACUUCCGGUAGCAGUUGCUAUUCUAUGCUGCGUCAUAAAGACGAGUGUUUUAAAUCCAUCUGGCUCCAGUAGAAAGUCCGACUUGAAUAAUGGGCCUACAAUUUCAGAUCUGCUCAAUCAAACAGAACCGACUACCAUAUCCCAGUUGAGAAUGUUUUAUGCAAGAUACGAAAGUGUGGCCCCUUUGUCAUCAUCCAAAGCAUUCAUGAAAUCGUACGAUUUCACACAAACGUACAAUAAUUGCCGAUUUACAUGCAUCCUAUUUCAUCUGCAUCAGUUGAACCGAGUUCUUGGAGAUCCAUUUAAAACUCCGCGUCUAAGUUUGCAAACCAACAAUUGGUUUUCAUAUCAUUUGGCAGGGAGUUUGGCUGCAGGCAUGAAAUCUCAAGUACAAGAAAAUGAUUGUAACAAAAUUGGAAACAUUGUUCGAGACCUGAGUGGGAUGGAUGACAUGGGUCUUGUAGUUGACCAAGUACUGAACUUUGUGUGAUAUUUUGCACGUAUGCAUAUGCAGGGUAAGGGAUUUAGAAUUUACUACUGCUAAAGUCCUAAAAGUUACAAAUUUAUAAUAUCAAUUUUUAUGUACAUAAAAGUGAUCCGUGUAUGACAAUUGCGUUGCGUUGCUGCGUUGUUCUGUAUGUAUGUUGGGCAAAUAUAGCUUGUGGUGAGUGUAGAGUAAUGUGAAAUGCGGUAAAGAAGUCUGAACUUUCUCCACAACUGGUGCUGUCACUUCUGUUGAAAUUCUACUAAGAAAUUAUUAAAUAUAAUAUAGUUAACUAUAUAUCAUAAAAAUAACCCAAAUUUUAAUCUAUAUCAAAGACACUGUACAGGUGCAUUGUGCACCGAUUAUUAAAUGAAGUAAAAACAAAUCGCUGUGCAAGUA